UUCGCUCUGCUAUCAGUCUCCACGGCUGCGUGGCUCUCCGACAAUCAAAUCCAGUGUUAAAACUUUGUUGCCAUUGUUCCACGUCUGAAAACUCAAAGCGGACGACGACGACGCACGGACAAAUGGCUCUACUUUUACGCACAUGUUUAGGACUUGAGACGGUUUUUGAUUCGGGGAGCACAUUUCUCUAAACUGUGCCGCGACUCAAACUGUUCCAACGACGGAACAAAUUGCAGCCAAGAUAAAGGAAUUGGGCUUUGCUGCGAUCAAGGUCUGAGUUAAGAUGUCCGUCAGUAACCACGAAAACAGAAAGUCUCGCUCUAGUUCAGGCUCCAUGAAUAUCCAGCUGUUUCACAAGACGUCCCACGCCGACAGCCUGUUGACCCAACUCAAUCUGCUGCGCAAACGAAAUGUCUUCACUGAUGUUGUCCUGAAGGCUGGCAGUCAUUCCUUCCCUUGCCACCGGGCAGUCCUGGCCUCCUGUAGCAGAUAUUUUGAGGCCAUGUUCAGUGGUGGGCUCAGGGAGAGUCGUGACGCAGAGGUCAACUUCCAUGACUCCCUCCACCCGGAGGUGCUGGAGCUCCUGCUUGACUAUGCCUACUCGGCCCGUGUUAUUAUCAAUGAAGAAAAUGCAGAGUCACUCCUUGAAGCUGGAGACAUGCUUCAAUUUCAUGAUAUCAGGGACGCAGCAGCAGAGUUUCUAGAGAAAAACCUCCACCAUUCGAACUGUUUGGGAAUGAUGCUGCUGUCCGAUGCACACCAGUGUCAGAGACUGUAUGAGCUGUCAUGGAGGAUGUGUCUGGCAAACUUUGCAACCCUCUUUAGGACAGAGGACUUCCUCAGUCUCCCUAGAGACAAAGUCCAAGAGCUGAUCCUUAGUGAGGAACUAGAGGUUGAGGAUGAGAGCCUGGUGUACGAGGCUGUAAUUGACUGGGUCAAGGCUGACAUGGAGCAAAGGCAUAGCGAGCUGCCAGAGCUGCUGAGCUGCGUUCGCCUGGCGCUGCUCCCAGAGACAUAUCUGUUGAAGAACGUAGCCUCGGAGGAGUUGGUCAUGUGCCACAAAGUGGGCCGGGAGAUUGUUGAAGACGCUGUACGGUGCAAGAUGAGGAUUCUCCAGAAUGAUGGGAUUGUAACAGGAUUCUGUGCUCGACCCAGAAAGGUCAGCCAGGCCCUGCUGCUGCUGGGAGGACAAACAUUCAUGUGUGAUAAAGUGUACAUGAUUGACAACAAGACCAAGGAGAUCACACCCAAAACGGACAUCCCCAGCCCCAGGAAAGAAUGCAGCGCCUGUGCGAUUGGUUGCAAGGUUUAUGUUACUGGAGGGCGUGGCUCAGAGAACGGAGCCUCAAAAGAUGUCUGGGUCUAUGACACGUUACAUGACGAGUGGUCCAAAGCUGCUCCAAUGCUGGUGGCCAGGUUUGGACAUGGGUCAGCGGAACUUGACCACAUGCUCUACGUUGUUGGUGGACAUACUUCCCUUGCAGGAUCCUUCCCUGCCUCUCCAUCUGUAUCUCUCAAACAGGUGGAGCAGUACGACCCUCAGACCAACAAAUGGGCUCUGGUGGCUCCGCUCAGAGAAGGAGUGAGCAACGCUGCCGUGGUUGGUGCCAAAAAUAAACUUUUUGCUUUUGGAGGCACCAGUGUCAAUAGAGACAAAUACCCCAAGGUGCAGUGCUUUGAUCCUUGUCAGAACCGGUGGUCUGUCCCCGCCGCCUGCCCACAGCUGUGGCGUUACACAGCCGCUGCUGUGGUUGGCAACCAUGUGGUGGUUAUCGGAGGUGACACUGAAUUUUCAGCCAGCUCUGCGUAUCAGUUCAACAGUGAGACGUACCAGUGGUCCAAGUUCGGUGAUGUGACGGCCAAGAGAAUCAGCUGCCAUGCAGUGGCAUCAGGAAACAGACUGUAUGUGGUGGGCGGGUACUUUGGGGCUCAGAGAUGUAAGACACUGGACUGUUACGAUCCGUCAUCAGACUCUUGGGACAGUGUGACCAGUGUUCCCUACUCUCUCAUUCCCACUGCCUUUGUCAGCACAUGGAAGUACCUCUCUGCCUGAAGAGAUGCACUGACUCUGAAGUUUCUGUGAUUGGCGGCGGGAAUGCAGGCAUGCAUCUCCCUUCAGUGACUGCACAGAGGAGGAGGAGGAUGAAGGGCUCCAUCCAACGUGAUUCACAUGAUUUUCAGCUGUAGCCGAGACUGAGUUGUGGCAACAGCAGCAAAAAGACUGGAAGUCUGUUAUCUUGACCUGCCUCCCCAAUCCAUUUACUCAUCCUUCUAGUGUAACUUGCCCAUUUAGGUACUAGCCUGAGCUGGACCUGUUGCCAUGUGGACACUGACAGGAACCACACCAAUAUGUUCUGGGUAUAAAGAAUAUUUGGUCUAUGUUGGAGUUCGGACAACUACAGGAACCCCCGGGGGGGGGGGGGGGGGGGGGGGGGGGGGGGGGUUGUCGUCACGAAAAAUCACAGACUCACUGGCUAUUGGUACAAAGGAGAUGAAGCCGAAAUGCAAGCGGUUGGAUUAUUACAGUAUUUCUCAACGGGGUCAGUACCCCCACAUAAAGAGCCUGUGUAAGCUCCAAGAUAACAGAGGCACAUACUCCACCCCCCAUUGAGGUCCGUCGUGUAAUACAGAUAUCAACCCCCCCCCCCCCCCCCCCCCCGUCACAAUUUUGUUUGGGGGCGGCAGGUGGGAAAUGAUAAGGAGGGGGGAGGCUGUACCUACAGAGCUAUAUAACCCACCAUGUCCUCCACAUACAGGUAUGUCGCAUAACUUUUAGAAUACCCCCCAUCCCUAAUUUUUUCAGGUGUAUGGGGAGCGGCAGGAGGCUCAUGAUGCCGUUAGUGGCCCUUAGUUCAAAAAAGGUUGAGAAACAAUGCUCUAAAGCAACAAGCUUCCGUAACUUUUUUGCCUUGAACUGCUCAUUGACUUGUGUUAACCUCUUAACCACCACCAGGCCCCCAGCAAAUCAUUUUAGAGUUAGGAUUUUAUUGAAGCCAUGAUUAAAUUGAUGUAGUUAUAGGUUGUGUUUUACCCAAAUAUCCAAAAGUGUCAUCCAUGUCUUACAUUGGACUUGUAUAUGUCCUAUAUAAAAUCUUACUGUCAGGAUAACGGAUUUAUUUAAAUCCAAUUGUGAAACACUAAAAUUGGAAGAUGGUUCCUUUUCAAGUCAGAUUUAAUUAAUGCAUUUUUAGACUUUUGUUGUCAUCCUAACGUUCCAUUAAAACAGAGAUAAUGUUAAAUGGUUAAACAUGGUGAUGGUCUUAACGGCAUCUGCCCUAACAUGUUACUGUUGCUCACUGACAUUACUUUUACAGUUGACUUAAAAAAAAAAAGGUCAGCUGUCCUCUAUUGUGGUUCCUCUCUCGGUUAGCUGUGGUUACUCAGGUAUAAUUUAUUCAGAGUGCUGAUGGACUGAAUUAGAUCUUUGCCGUGCCAGGCCUGAUAGGUGUGUGUGUGUGUGUGUGUGUGUGUGUGCGCGUGCGUGCGUGCGUGUGUGGUGGUGGUGGGGGGUACAGGAGAAGGCAUUUGGAGAAGUGUAUGAUUUUGUGCACAGAAAACCAUCUUCCUGUCUAUAUUUUUAGAUUUUGUUCUUGGGCUUCCCUCAAUUUUGGUGAGCUAAAUUUAUAUAUCUUUCUUGGACUUAAAAUACAAGCUCACACAGGACAGAUCGUGGCCUUGGAUGGUUGUAGAAGGUACUUCUAUUCUGUUUCAGGAUGUUAUUUCAAAUUAGGGUUUUUUUGCCAGUAAUGUCAUUUUUCAGUUUUUAUCCUUUUAUCUCAGGGUUAUUUACAGUAUAGUUUUUGUUCUGUAUAAAUUGGCAUUGCCUUUAUUUAGUCAAAGAAGGCUGAUCUGUGUUUUCCAUCCUUUCUAUUUCUGAAAAUAGUUUGUGAAUGUACUGUUUUCGACUUUACAGAAGUCUCAUUUUAAGAUGCAUUCACUCCAAGUGAUUGUUUAAUAGUGGUGAUCAUGAACAUAAAUAUUACCAAAACCUGAAAGCUAACCUAUAUGUUAUUCUGACUUAAUAAUGAAGCUAAGUGUGUCAAAGUUAGUUAACAAAUACUUUGUAGCAAUAAUAUUUUCACUGAAUACUUUGAGUGUUCUCAAUAGAGGUCUUUUUUGUGUGUAGUUUGUAUAUUUGCUUCAUAAUUACUUUGUAGAACUUUUUGAUUUGCACAAUUUGUACAGAGAAAUUUCUUACUGGUCUUAAUUUUUUUUGUUUUUUGUUUUUUUACCUUCAGCUUAACCCAGUUGGGGUAGUGUGAAUAAUCAAAGCCUUUUGUAGCAAAUAAUGUUCUCUUGCAUCAGUCGACCUUCUAGUCUGUAGAUUUCCUCUUUAAAAGUAUCAGGUGUACUGAUUCAUGAAGCUAUUACUGAUACAUAAUCUGUUACUUCAUGUUUGGUUCAUGUUGUACAUGCCACAAUUUAUCAAUAAAUGUCAUCCUCUAU